AUUUACGUUUUGUGAGUGAUAUCUUGAGUAUCUUAAACCUAUGACUUCAAGGAUAUUCAGGGUUUUUGAGGUUUGUUCAUGGUGGGCUACCAGGUGUUUGAUUUCUUAACGAAAUGGUGAUUUAACUUCAAGAUUAUCGAGUGCUGGAUCAUUAGCGAAAAUGAAGGCCCAUGUAUGUAGGAGGAGGGUUUUGGAGUUCUUGAUUUCUUGUAUGUGGGUUGCCAUGGGAGUGAUGGAGACAGGAAAUUCCAGUGCUGGUUCUGGUAAUGGGCCAAGAGUGGUAAAUGUGGGGGCAUUGUUCACAUUUGAUUCAGUUAUUGGAAAGUCUGCAGGGCCAGCUCUUCUUGCUGCAAUUGAAGAUGUGAACUCUGAUACGAGCAUUCUCAAGGACACAAAGCUCAACCUCAUCUCGCAGGAUACCAAUUGCAGUGGAUUUCUUGGAACAGUUGACGCUAUGCAGCUGAUGCGGAGAGAAGUUGUUGCUGCAAUCGGUCCACAAUCAUCAGGGAUAGCCCAUGUGAUUUCCCAUGUUAUGAAUGAACUUCAUGUCCCGCUUUUGUCAUUCGGUGCUACAGAUCCGACUCUUUCCGCUCUCCAGUACCCAUACUUCCUCCGCACUACCGUCAGUGAAUAUUUCCAGAUGCAUGCGAUUGCUGAUCUCGUAGCAUAUUUCAGAUGGAGAGAAGUUGUUGCCGUCUUUGUUGAUGAUGAUUACGGUAGAAACGGGAUCUCCGCAUUGGGCGAUGCACUUUCAGCUAAACGUGCGAAGAUCUCUCACAAGGCAGCCUUUAGUCCCGGAGCCUCAACAAGCGACAUUAGCAGCUUGUUGGCAGGCGUGAACCUGUUGGAAUCUCGGGUCAUUGUUGUGCAUGUCAAUCCCGAUUCUGGUCUCAACAUCUUCUCUGCAGCAAAUAAACUUGGAAUGAUGAGCAGGGACUAUGUUUGGAUUGCUACAGACUGGCUUCCUUCUGUUCUGGAUUCGUCCAAGAGGAUUGAUCCACAUACGCUUGCACUUAUACAAGGGGUUCUUGCACUUCGGCACCACACUCCCAAUUCUGACCUCAAAACACAGUUUACUUCUCAUUGGGGAAGCUUCAAGAACAAUGAAACACCAAUGUUCAACUCCUAUGCUCUGUAUGCUUAUGAUUCCGUUUGGUUACUAGCCCGAGCACUCGAUGCUCACUUUAAAGGUGGUGGAACUAUCAGCUUCUCUGAUGAUCCAAGACUGCAGGAAAGGAAUGGGAGCGCCCUUGGUUUCACAUCUCUCCGUGUUUUCAACCAGGGCCCGAAAUUGCUCGAGAUUCUCAUUGCAAUGAACUUCACUGGUCUGACGGGACAAGUUCAGUUUGACUCAGAAAAGAAUUUGAUUCAUCCAGCAUUUGAUGUUCUUAACAUUGGUGGAAGUGGUCCAAGGAGGCUGGGUUAUUGGUCGAAUUACUCAGGUUUAUCAAUCCUUCCUCCUGAAAAGUUGGAUGCAAAUCUAUCAAACACUUCCAUCAGUAAUCAGAGUCUGUAUACUGUGAUAUGGCCUGGCGAAACUACAGCAAAGCCUCGGGGAUGGGCAUUCCCGGAUAACGGGACGCUUUUGCGCAUUGCGGUACCUUACAGGGUUACUUAUCCCGAUUUUGUGACUAAAGAUGAAGGGCCAUUAGGGGCCAAAGGAUACUGCAUUGAUGUAUUUGAAGCUGCAGUUCAGUUAUUGCCUUAUCCUGUUCCGUACCAAUUUAUUUUAUAUGGAGAUGGUCGAAGGAACCCUUCGUUCAGCAAUCUUGUGAACGACGUAGCGCAAAGUAAAUAUGAUGCGGCUGUUGGGGAUGUGACUAUUACUACAAACAGAACAAAGAUUGUGGACUUUACACAGCCUUACAUGGAAUCCGGGCUUGUUGUAGUUGCUCCUGUCAGGCAGAUUAAAUCUAGUCCAUGGGCAUUCCUCAAGCCAUUUACUUGGCAGAUGUGGGGUGUAACGGGGGUCUUCUUUCUUUUCGUUGGAGCUGUUGUUUGGAUUCUUGAGCACCGGAUGAACACUGAGUUUCGAGGUCCUCCACGCCAACAGCUUGUAACAGUAUUUUGGUUUAGCUUCUCAACAAUGUUUUUCUCACACAGAGAAAACACAGUGAGCACCCUGGGCCGAGCGGUGCUGAUCCUGUGGCUUUUUGUAGUCUUGAUUAUCAACUCAAGCUACACAGCUAGUUUGACAUCAAUUCUCACAGUGCAGCAACUUUCUUCAAGAAUUCAAGGCAUAGACACCUUGAUCUCAAGUUCUGAUCCUAUAGGGAUCCAGGACGGCUCGUUUGCAUAUAAUUAUCUUAUUAACGAAUUGAACAUAGCAGAAUCAAGGCUUCGAGUAUUGAAAACUGAAGAAGAGUACGUUACGGCCCUUCAACAAGGUCCGAAUCAUGGCGGGGUUGCUGCUAUCGUCGAUGAGCUUCCUUAUGUUGAGCUUUUCUUGUCCGACGCCAAGUGUAUGUUCAGUACCGUGGGACGGGAGUUCACCAAGAGCGGAUGGGGAUUCGCAUUCCAAAGGGACUCCCCAUUGGCGCUAGAUUUGUCGACCGCCAUCCUUCAACUAUCAGAAAAUGGAGAACUCCAACGGAUCCGCAACAAAUGGCUCUCCCCUGUUGACUGCUUCGCUGAGACGAACCCCAUUGAUGAGAAUCGGCUCUCCCUCAAGAGCUUCUGGGGCUUAUUUCUCAUUUGCGGGAUCGCCUGCUUUGCUGCAUUAACCUUCUUUUUCUGCAGGGUUUGCAUGCAAUACAGCAGAUAUAGUUCAGGGGGUGAGCAACGAGACGAAGAGGAAACUGAACCCUCUCGCCCCACUACUUGCACGUUCUUCUCCGCCAGCUGCAGGGAUUUGUUGGAAUUUGUGGACAAGACUGAGGCCGAAAUGAAGGAAAUGUGGACGAAGAGCAGAGACUCGAUGCAGCACCCAGGCCAAGGCUCUGUUGCGCAGAGCAGUUGAAACGCAUGCAUGUCUGUAAUAUACUGUCCCCAUGUGCUGUAGCAAGGAAGGGGUUUGCAGGAAUAUAGCGAUCUGUACAAGUUGAUAGGAAAUUGUUUGGAAAGAAAACGUUAUAGGAUCUGCAUUUCCUUUAUUCUUUGUAUGAUGAUUUUGCAAUGAUCAUUUUGUUGAAGGGCUUUGCAAGAAUGUCUAAGCUGCCCUUCUAUGAUGUACGGACAUGGACAUUGCGGCAUAGAAAAUUUCCGAAAUUUUGGAUACGAUGUUGC